AUGGUGAGUCCAUAAUAGUUUCCAGACUUUUAUUUUCUUCAAGGCUCUCAAUAGCAGACUUUAGACUUUACUUAGCACAUUGAUUGUGUCUUAAUCACUCAUUUUCAUCUAGACCAUUGCGGAGCUCUCACUUAUUUCACUGAAGGAGUAGGCUAUAACGGCCCAGUCUUAGCUACACCUCCAACUAAGGCCAUCAUCCCAUUGAUGCUUGAAGAUUUCAGAAAAGUCUCAGCCACCCAAUAGAGAUAAAGCUAGAAUAAUCAAUAAAAUAAUAACAACAGUGGUGGUGGUGAGACUGCUUUUACAUCGGAAAUGAUAAAGAAUUGCAUCAGCAAGAUUCAGACUAUAUAACUGCAUGAAACUCUUACGAUUAAAGAUGAUAUCAAGGUAACAGCUUACUAUGCAGGACACGUGCUUGGUGCUUGCAUGUUUUAUGUAGAAUGCAAUGGGGAAUCAGUGGUGUAUACUGGUGAUUACAAUAUGACUGCUGAUAGACAUUUAGGCUCAGCUUGGAUUGACAAACUUAAGCCAGAUCUGGUGAUUACUGAGACUACCUAUGCAACUACCAUUAGAGAUUCUAAAAGAGCUAGAGAAAGAGAGUUUCUUAAGCAAGUGCAUGAAACUCUAGAUAAUGGAGGCAAAGUGCUUAUACCAGUCUUUGCUCUGGGUAGAGCUCAAGAAUUAUGUGUCCUUUUAGAAACUUAUUGGAACAGAACAAAUCUUUAAUACCCAAUAUACUUUACUGGUGGGCUGACUGAAAAAGCUAACUUUUACUAUAAACUGUUCAUCAAUUGGACGAAUGAGAAAAUUAAGAGGAGUUUUACUAAGAACUAGAAUAUCUUUCAGUUCCAGCAUGUGAAAACGCUGGAUACUGCCUCUAUCAAGUCAGAUUAACCCAUGGUCUGUUUUGCUUCUCCAGGGAUGCUACAUGGUGGAUAUUCUUUGGCAAUUUUCAAGGAUUGGGCAGGCUCUGAGAAAAAUACUCUAAUCAUUCCAGGGUAUUGCAUGCCUGGCACUGUUGGCAAUAAACUGCUUAGUGGGGAGAAGAGAAUCAUGAUUGAUGGUAAAGAAGUUGAUGUUAAGAUAAAGAUAUACAACAUGAGUUUCAGUGCUCAUGCUGAUUCAAAAGGCAUUAUGGAACUGUUAACUCAUCUUGAGGCUAAAAAUGUAAUGCUUGUUCACGGGGAAAAGGAGAAGAUGAGAGUCCUCAGCUAGUAAAUCAAAGACUAAUUAGGUGUGAACUGCUAUUGCCCAGCUAAUCAUGCACAGCUAAAAAUAUAUACAGACCCAAAGAUCGAGAUUCUCAUUGGCGCACACAUAAUUAAUCUGAUGAAUCAAAUUUACGCGAAGAGUCUGCUAAAUUUUUAUAGACCAAAUUCAACUAUGUAUUUGAGUAACUGUUUGAUUAGUGUCGACAAUCGAACAGAAAUUGAUACAAACAUAGAAAUAUGUAAACCUUUGAUGAUUUCUUCACAUGAGAGCUAGAAUUCUCAAAUAAUUGAUUUCGCGAGCUAGCAAAAGCAAGAGCAUUAAUUUAAAGUUGAUUAAACUCUUGAUUAGUAUGAAUAAGUAGAUAUGGUAUUAAACUGGAGUUAGCCAAUCUCUGAAUCAAUUCAAGAUAUUACCUUGUUUGAAGGAAGAUUGACAGAUGCAAUAUUGAACUCGAUUCUGGAAUAAAAGAAACUAGCAUUUGGUUUGAAGAAUUUGAUAUUUAUGGAUGAAGAGUUGAAAGAAGCUACCCAGCUUGCUCAAGUUAUUUAAGACUAGUAUCUAUAAUUAGAUCAUGAUAAUAGAACUGUAAGAUUAAGUUUCGGGUCUCUAGAGACGGAUAUAGGCUAUUGGCUAAAAGAUAUCUUAGAUUCAUUAAAUUGA